AUGGACGAGAGAACCGAAGACGAUGACCGGGAGGCAUUGGCAGGGCUAAGCUCUGCCCCUCCGCCCCGAAAAUCCCACUCAUUGAGCCAGCAGCUGCGUGCAUCCUCCGCGCAAAAGCGCCAUCACCAAAUGCGCAAGCACAGCCUCGACGACGUCCACGUUGUCCCCAAGAACAUCCAUAACAACAAUGCAGACUACUACGACUCUUCCGACGACGAUUUCUUCCCCUACUCGACCUCCUCCACUAAUACCACCACGAGUAUGAACACGAAUGUUGGUGUUGGCCCUGAUCAAGAGUUGUACGCCGGGGGCUCUCACUCGCAGAGACUUGACCAAAGCCUCUGCAUGGAGGGUGAGGGUGGCCAUGGUGAUUUAGAUCAUCAUGACGGCAGCAGGGAAAGCCAGCCGCUGCCAGAAUUCAUCGGCAGUGGAGGCGGCGCUGGAAUCUUCAAGGUUCCAACGCGCGCCUCAGUGCAUCCUGGCCGUCCGCCCUGCUUGGAGCUGAGACCUCACCCGUUGAGGGAGACUCAGGUGGGGAGGUUCCUCAGGACCAUUGCCUGCACGGAUACCCAGCUGUGGGCCGGGCAGGAGGGUGGGGUGAGGGUGUGGAAUUUGAAGGACGUGUUUGAACCGGGGUGCGGCCUUGGCGGCAGAGUGUUGAGGGGUGAUGAGGACGCAGCCCCUUACUAUGAAUCGGCCAACUCCUCUCCUACCCUCUGCCUCAUGGUUGAUUCCGGGACUCGGUUGAUUUGGACUGGCCAUAAGGAUGGCAAGAUCAGGUCUUGGAAGAUGGAUCAGCCUUUGGAUUCUUCUACUCCUUUUAAGGAAGGUCUUUCAUGGCAGGCCCACCGCGCUCCGGUUCUUGCCAUGGUUUUCACUUCUUACGGUGAUAUGUGGUCAGGUUCUGAGGGUGGUGUUAUUAAGAUCUGGCCAUGGGAAUCCAUUGAAAAAUCUCUCUCUCUUAAACCCGAGGAAAGACAUAUGGCAGCUUUACUGGUGGAGAGGUCAUGCAUUGACCUCAGGAGCCAAGUUACUGUCAAUGGUGUUUGUAGUAUAUCUUCUCAAGAUGUAAAGUGUUUGGUAUCUGAUAAUUUUAGAGCUAAAGUUUGGUGUGCUGGGUCUAUGUCCUUCUCUUUGUGGGAUGCUCGUACAAGAGAGCUUGUGAAAGUCUUUAAUAUAGAUGGUCAGACUGAGAAUCGAGUUGAUAUGUCAUCAGUGCAGCAAGAUCAAGCAGUGGAAGAUGAGAUGAAGGUAAAAUUUGUUUCCACAUCAAAAAAGGAGAAAUCCGGGGGUUUUUUGCAACGGUCGCGUAAUGCUAUAAUGGGAGCUGCAGAUGCUGUUCGUCGAGUUGCAACCAGAGGGGCAGGGGCAUUUGUAGAAGAUACCAAGAAGACGGAGGCACUCGUGCUAACUGCCGAUGGCAUGAUAUGGAGUGGAUGCACAAAUGGUUUACUGGUGCAGUGGGAUGGAAAUGGAAACCGCGUGCAAGAUUUUAAUCACCAUCCUUGUAGUGUCCAAUGCUUUUGCACUUUGGGGACACGAAUAUAUGUAGGCUAUGUGAGUGGCAUGAUGCAGGUAUUGGAUCUUGAGGGAAAUCUAAUUGCAGGAUGGAUUGCACACAGCAGCCCUGUGAUCAAAUUAGCAGCUGGAACUGGUUCUGUUUUUAGCUUGGCCACUCAUGGUGGCAUACGUGGAUGGAACAUCAAAUCUCCAGGACCUGCGGACAACUUGGUACGUUCAGAAUUAGCUGCGAAAGAACAUGUAUAUACCAGAACAGACAAUGUUAGAAUUUUAAUUGGCACAUGGAAUGUUGGUCAAGGAAGAGCAUCUCAGGAUUCUUUAAAGUCAUGGUUGGGUUCUGUUGUGCCAGAUGUUGGCAUUGUAGUUGUUGGGCUGCAAGAAGUAGAAAUGGGUGCAGGCUUUCUUGCAAUGUCUGCAGCAAAAGAAACUGUAGGGCUUGAAGGGAGCUCUGUUGGGCACUGGUGGCUUGAUAAUAUAGGAAAGGCCUUAGAAGAAGGAAGAACUUUUGAACGUAUGGGUUCUAGGCAGUUGGCAGGCUUGCUAAUAUCUCUUUGGGUAAGAAAGAAUCUCAGAACACAUGUUGGAGAUAUUGAUGCUGGAGCAGUUCCAUGCGGCUUUGGUCGUGCGAUUGGGAAUAAGGGAGGUGUUGGUUUGAGAAUCAGAGUGUAUGAUCGUAUAAUGUGCUUUGUGAACUGUCACUUGGCUGCACAUUUAGAAGCUGUGAAUCGCCGUAAUGCUGAUUUCGAUCACAUUUAUCGAAAUAUGGUCUUCAACCGGUCAUCUCUAAUUAACAAUGCAGCUGCUGGUGUCGCAACUUCUGUUAACAUGACUCGGCCAACAAAUGCUUCAGGCAGCGGCAGCAGCAGCAGCAGCAGCAGCAGCAGCGGCAGCUCUGAGGAAGCAGCAAGGCCUGAAUUAGCUGAAGCAGAUAUGGUUGUUUUUCUGGGUGAUUUCAACUAUCGACUUUUUGGUAUUUCUUAUGAUGAAGCAAGGGACUUUGUUUCGCAAAGAUGCUUUGAUUGGCUCAGAGAAAAAGAUCAGCUUAGAGCAGAGAUGAAAGCUGGGAAAGUUUUCCAAGGGAUGCGUGAGGCACUCAUUCGAUUCCCGCCAACAUACAAGUUUGAAAGGCACCAAGCAGGUUUAGCAGGAUAUGAUUCUGGUGAGAAGAAACGAAUUCCUGCCUGGUGUGAUCGAAUAAUAUACCGCGACAAUCGAUCAUCUCCAGUUUCAGAGUGUGGUUUAGAGUGUCCUAUAGUCUCAUCAAUUUUACAGUAUGAUGCAUGCAUGGACGUGACUGACAGUGAUCACAAACCUGUCCGGUGUAAAUUGUCUUUACAAAUUGCCCAUGUUGAUAGAUCAGUAAGGAGAAAAGAGUUUGGGGAAGUCAUAAAAUCCAAUGAGAAAAUCAGGUCUAUGCUUGGAGAGCUAAACUAUGUUCCAGAAACUACUGUCAACACCAACACCAUAAUUCUUCAAAAUCAGGACACAUCCAUUUUGUGUAUCACCAAUAAAUGCGUGAAGGACAUGGCCGUGUUUAGAAUAAUUUGUGAAGGGCAGUCCACCGUGAAGGAGGACGGCGAUGAGCCUGACUAUCGCGCAAGAGGAGCCAACGGGCUACCCCGAUGGCUUGAGGUGACUCCAGCAGCUGGGAUGAUAAAACCUGAACAGAGUGUGGAGGUGUCAGUUCAUCAUGAAGAGUUUCAUACCUUAGAAGAAUUCGUUGAUGGCAUCCCUCAAAACUGGUGGUGUGAAGACACCCGAGACAAGGAAGUGAUUUUAAUAGUGAAUGUGACUGGGAGUUGCUCAGCCCAAACAUUUAGUCAUCGAGUCAGAGUGAGGCAUUGCUUCUCCUCCGCCAAGACAAUCCGCAUUGUCUCAAAGUCCAACAGCUCAAGAAAAGGGCAAGCAAGUCCAGUUCACAGGCAAUCUAACAAUUCGAGCAGCGAAGCGAAACAAACUUGA